AUGUCACCAAAUCUACGCAAAAAAGCUGCUCGUGGUGCCAGACGCCAAAGUGGGGUUACACCGUCGUCGUUGCUAGCCAACACGAACAAUACACCAAUUAGUAGUCACCAUAACACGUCGGAGGAAGAUGCGUGGAGUGAGACGUCGGGUGAUACUGUUGAUUCGUGGGGGUCUGCUGGAGCUCGCGGUAGCGCAGAGCAAGAACAAGAUUUAAUGGUUAAUUAUGAAGAUCAAGUUAUUCAUUGUAUUGAAGAAUUGGAAGAAAAGAGAACUAGUAAAAGAGAAGAAGCUUUGACAAAAUUGAUACGUCUUCUCUCACAUAGAUAUGUUGCUGAGGUUCUCGAAUCACGAACUCAGACAUUAUUGGAUCUGUUGAAUCGAUCCAUCAAGAAAACUAAAAGCUAUACAGAAAACAGACUUGCUGCAAAAGUUAUGUCGUUGAUGUUUAUUACACUCGGUGAAGGACAAGAGACAAUGUUCUACGACAUACUACAAUUAUUAAAGUAUACUAUCACAAAUACCGCGUCUACCGGAGUUAAGAGUGAAUGCAUUAACACACUAGGUCUAGCCUGCUUUAUCGCCGCAUCAAAGGCGGACGCACUCGAAUUGCUAGACUUCUUUUAUGACAUUAUUUCCUCAAAUGCGAAAAAUAUCAAUGCGGUCAAUGACGGCGCUUCAAUCACGAGCGCGUUGAAUGCAUAUGGUCUAUUAUACGCUGGUUUAUGGGGAGAUUAUCGUGACAGUAAGUUGUCGUCGUCUUCGGGAGCACAUAUCCAAUUCGAACGUAUAAUGCCUACUUUGAUGAAACAACUUGAAUCGACAAUAAUGGAAGCUGAGCCCGAUAAAGUCGAUUGUCAUCAGAUUGAUCAGUUGACCACGCUGCUUAGUACACUGGCUACCGAUAGUAAUAGACGCCGCAACAAAGCUGAACGUAAAGCGCAAAGAUCCGCAUUCAGAGAUAUCCUCAGAACAGUUGAAGAGGGUGUUGGUAUCGAAGAAAAAUUGAAGAUCCAGAAACAGACGUUAUUCUUUGACACAUGGGCAAAAGUAAUUCAACUGAAUGCCUUCAGAUAUGCAUUAGCUGAAGGGUUCUCCUGCCACAUCGAACAAAACACCUUGCUUCAAUCAAUUUUUGAGUAUGUACCUCCCUCCGCCUCCGUCAAAGGCAGUCGUCCAGGCUCGGCGAUGAGUUUCUAUGGUUCAGACGUUGACUUGUCGUUAGCUUCUUCUACAUUGUACAAACAAAAAGCACUAAAAGAAAAAAGCAAAUUCUUGAAAAAUAGAAAACUUAAUAAGCGUAGUGAUUUUUUCGAUGUAGGCUAA